AGAUGUUGGGUCCCUUUUCUCUGGGGUUCUUUCCCGAGGUCGCAGUGGAAAAACUGAAGGUCCUGAGCUGCUGUGACUGAAGGGAUCCGGUCCUGCGCAGGGACGUCAAAGAAGCUACGGCUGAAAAAACUCAAGACCUGAAGGGUCGUCUGAGGAGCUGGAGGUUCUUCAUAGCCCCGUGUGCUUUCCACUAAGGAGGGAGGGAGAAUCAGGCCGUUGGGAUUAGCAGAAGACAUGAAUGGUGAGUGCAGAGGCAGAGGAUUUGGACGGGGAAGAUUUCAAAGCUGGAGAAGAGGAAGAGGUAGUGGGAACUUUUCAGGAAAAUGGAGGGGAAGAGAACACAGACCUAACCUGAAUAAAGCCAUUGGAAAAAAUAGCUCUGAACAAAUCCCACAGCCUUUGCUACUACAGUCAACAUUGGAUCAAUUCAUACCAUAUAAAGGCUGGAAGCUUUAUUUCUCUGAAGUUUACAGUGAUAACUCUCCUUUAAUUGAGAAGAUUCAAGCAUUUGAAAAAUUUUUCAUAAGGCGUAUUGACUUGUAUGAUAAGGAUGAAAUAGAAAGAAAAGGAAGUAUUUUGGUGGAUUUUAGAGAAUUGACAAAAGAUGAUGAAAUAACUAAUUUGAUACCAAAUAUAGCAAAUGAACUAAGGGAUGCACCUGAGAAAAUCUUGGCUUGCAUGGGUCUGGCAAUACAUCAGGUGUUAACUAAGGACCUUGAAAGGCAUGCAGCUGAAUUACAAGCCCAAGAAGGAUUGUCUAGUGAUGGGGAAACAAUGGUAAAUGUGCCACAUAUUUAUGCAAGGAUAUACAACUUUGAGCCCUUGACACAUCUCAAGAAUGUCCGAGCAAAUUACUAUGGAAAAUACAUUUCUCUAAGAGGGACAGUGGUUCGUGUCAGUAAUGUAAAGCCUCUUUGCACCAAGAUGGCUUUUCUGUGUGCUGCAUGUGGAGAGGUUCAAAGUUUCCCUCUUCCAGAUGGAAAAUACAAUCUUCCAACAAAGUGUCCUGUGCCUGCAUGUCGAGGGAAGUCUUUUGCUGCUCUCCGUAGUUCUCCUCUUACAGUAACAAUGGACUGGCAGUCAAUCAAAAUUCAGGAGCUUAUGUCCGAUGCUCAGAGAGAAGCAGGUCGAAUUCCACGAACAAUAGAAUGUGAACUUGUGCACGACCUGGUGGAUAGCUGUGUACCGGGAGACACAGUGACUGUUACUGGAAUUGUCAAAGUAUCAAAUGCUGAAGAAGGUUCUCGAAACAAGAAUGAUAAAUGUAUGUUCCUUUUGUACAUUGAAGCAAAUUCUGUUAGCAAUAGCAAAGGACAGAAAACAAAGACUUCUGAGGAUGGCUGUAAGCAUGGAACAUUGAUGGAGUUCUCACUUAAGGAUCUUUAUGCUAUCCAAGAGAUUCAAGCUGAAGAGAACCUGUUUAAACUUAUUGUCAACUCACUUUGCCCUGUGAUUUUUGGUCAUGAACUCGUUAAAGCAGCGUUGGCAUUAGCACUCUUUGGAGGUACCCAGAAAUAUGCAGAUGACAAAAACAGAAUACCAAUUCGAGGAGACCCACACGUCCUUGUUGUUGGAGAUCCAGGCUUGGGAAAGAGUCAGAUGCUACAGGCAGUAUGCAACGUUGCUCCACGUGGUGUGUAUGUCUGUGGUAACACUACGACUAGCUCUGGUCUAACUGUAACUCUUUCAAAAGAUAGUUCCUCUGGUGAUUUUGCUUUGGAAGCUGGGGCUCUGGUACUUGGUGAUCAAGGCAUUUGUGGAAUAGAUGAAUUUGAUAAGAUGGGGAACCAACAUCAAGCCUUGUUAGAAGCCAUGGAACAGCAAAGUAUUAGCCUUGCUAAGGCUGGUGUGGUUUGUAGCCUUCCUGCAAGAACUUCCAUUAUUGCUGCUGCAAAUCCAGUUGGGGGACACUACAAUAAAGCCAAAACAGUUUCUGAGAAUUUGAAAAUGGGGAGUGCCCUACUAUCCAGAUUCGAUUUGGUCUUUAUCCUGUUAGAUACCCCAAAUGAGCAGCACGAUCACUUACUCUCUGAACAUGUGAUUGCAAUAAGAGCUGGAAAGCAGAGAACUGUUAGCAGUGCCACAGUAGCUCGUAUGAAUAGUCAAGAUUCAAAUACUUCCAUACUUGAAGUGGUUUCUGAGAAACCAUUAUCAGAAAGACUAAAGGUGGUUCCUGGAGAAACAAUAGAUCUGAUUCCUCACCAGCUAUUGAGAAAGUAUAUUGGCUAUGCUCGACAGUAUGUCUACCCAAGGCUGUCCACAGAAGCUGCUCAAGUUCUUCAAGAUUUCUACCUGGAGCUCCGGAAACAGAGCCAGCGGUUAAAUAGCUCACCAAUCACUACUAGGCAGCUGGAAUCUUUGAUCCGUCUAACAGAGGCACGAGCAAGGUUAGAAUUAAGAGAGGAAGCAACCAAAGAAGAUGCUGAGGAUAUAGUUCAAAUUAUGAAAUAUAGCAUGCUAGGAACUUACUCUGAUGAAUUUGGAAACCUAGAUUUUGAGCGAUCACAGCACGGCUCUGGAAUGAGCAAUAGGUCAACAGCAAAAAGAUUUAUUUCUGCACUCAACAGCAUUGCUGAAAGAACUUAUAAUAAUCUGUUUCAGUUCCAUCAACUUCGACAGAUUGCCAAAGAGCUAAAUAUUCAGGUUGCUGAUUUUGAAAACUUUAUUGGAUCACUCAAUGACCAAGGUUUCCUCUUGAAAAAAGGCCCAAAGAUUUACCAGCUUCAAACUAUGUGAAAUGGCUUUGCCAUGUCAAGGACUUCAUUUAAAGCUGUCUCAAAAAUGAAGACUAUGUAAAAAAUUGUUCUGAAAGAUAAUGAUCUAAAAGUAAUACAUUAGGAAGAAAGUGUUAUAAUAUAAAAAGUGAUAGUCAUGUGUUAAAAUUUUAUAGAUUCUCCAAAAAACAAAUUAUUUACAUUGUUUUAUCUAAAUGAAAUAAAUUAUUUAUAGUUGAA